AUGGACGGUGUCCGCUUAUCGAGGACGCGCCAAAUUGCGACCUUGACAAGCGGAGGGACUAACUUCCAAGAAAGAGCACAACUUUCAUGCUCAGCUGACUGUGUAAAAUUAGGUGAUGAGCAAGCAAUGACAAUCAAAGGUUUCCCUUCUUCUUCUGAAUUUUUCACCCUUUUAAAUUCCAAGAUUUCUCAAACCAUUGCCAUAUCUUUUCUUGUUUUCCCUUUUACCAUUUCAUCUUUUCUUUUCAGUAAAGCUUCACUCUGUAACUCUUUACUCAUCAUUUCAGCAAAUGCAACUUGUUUUACUGUCUUAUUCUUUGGUUUCAAUCUUGUUGAUUAUGGUUUUGGUCUUUCAUCUCCAAGAUUAAUUCUUUUGUGUUCAGCAACUGGAGCUGUAAUUUGUUCAAUCAUUCUUGCCAACACAUUAAUCAUUUGUAACUUGGCUUUAGUAAUAUCAGGAACAGAAAAAAUUGGAGGGUAUAUGGCAAUUCUCAAAUCUUGUAUUUUAAUCAGAGGAAGAACAGCUACAGCAUUAUCACUAGCUGUUCCUGUGAGUUUGGGUUUGGCUGCUGUUGAAGCUUUGUUUCAAUACAGAAUUGUGAGGGCUUAUUAUCAAGAAAAAACAGACCUUUUUUCUUUAGGUUUAGAAGGAAUUUUCAUUGCAUAUAUGUAUUCAGUUCUUUUGGUUCUUGAUACCAUAGUCAGCAUUGUUUUCUACAGAAAUUGUAAAACAGAUGAAGUGAGAAUUUUGCCAUAUCAAGUUGAGAUUCAAGAUAGAGAUGAACAUACAGUUAUGAAGAUAAAGACAGCAGAUUCUGUUGUCUGA